AUGACUCAGAUUGCGUCUCGCAAAAUGGAAGAAACGAACUCCGUGGUUCCUAUUCUAGUGGGUACUGCUUUCGGUGAGACGCGUAGUGUAUUUCUUUUGCAGUUGGAUUGCGUUACUGGACUUCUAUCGUACAAGCAGUCGUUUUCGCUACCACACGCUUCACCAGGAUGGCUUUUGCAUUCUACUGUAGAAGUCAAGGACGGCGUCGAGGUUGGAAGGGAAAAUGCUUCAUCCUCGAAAAACGAUUCUUGCAAGAUCCUAGUUGCAUACGAAGAAUCACCUGGAUUGGUGCAGGCCUUUUACACUUCAGUAGACGAAACUUCGAGCGGAGCUAGUGACGGCGCUAAAGAAGGUGUACUGGAUUUCGUGCCUGCUUCAAUUAGUAUUCCUUCUGAAGGCGACGCAGCUUGUCAUUUGAGCACAGAUACUACGGGAAAAUGGAUUUUCGUGAGCAACUACUGCUCUGGAAACGUUGGGAUCCUGUCUUGCCUCAACACACCGGAAAAUGCCGGACUUGCGUUGCAUUCGGUAUUUUCGAUUGGUAGAUUGCUGAAUUCGAAGUUGUAACUGCCGACGUGUCUUUUUCGUUUUGCCUUUCAAACGUAAGACCUGGUAUUGUAUUUAGAUUACUGCAUCAGUACAUGCUGUAGAAGUCGCCAGGAAAAUCUUAGGCAGCUUGCCGAAUAGAUUCGCACCAUCUUCGUUCUAUGUUUCCUUUCCUUUCCUCGUCCUACUCGAGUAUCUAUAGAAAUAUGCACUCGCUGCACCCUUUUGACCAGGUUAUCCGACACCCACCAUCUGCAAAUUAUACCCGCCAACUGGACCCGGCUUUAACCGACCGCCAAGAGGCCCCUCACUGUCACUGCACAGCAAUCCACCCUUCAAACAGGUGGGUAGCAGUCGCAGAUCUUGGGCUGUCGAUCGUUUCGCUUUACCCCUUCGAUAGUCAAACCGGGCUCGUCGUCGAGGCAGAAGUAGCUACUCAACACUUGGAACUACCUAUUGAUGCAGGACCUAGACAUCUGUUGUGGACCAAAGAUGGCAGAUAUCUUUUCAUCCUGAACGAGUUGAAUGCGACACUGAGCUUGGCAGAGAUGGCACCUACUAACGAUGGUUCCACCUCCUCCACCCGCCUCCGCAUCGUCCAAACCAUACAGACGGAUACAAAGAAGGAAAGACGACACCAUUUGGGCAACUCAGAUUUGCAGUUGCAUCCAAAUGGCCGCUUUUUGUAUGUCGGAGCUCGAACACACACGAAGAUGGAAGAAGGGAUUGGGUGUAUCCUGGUUUACGAGAUUGUCUUUCAUGAAGAAACUGGUGCUGUUGUAGGGGGUGAAGGAUGCGAUUCGAAGAAGGAGACGGCCAUUGUCCAAGACCUGCGUCUUCUAGACAUUGUUUCAACGCAAGGCUUAGUACCAAGGAAUUUCAAAAUUUUGUCCAUACCGAACACCGAUACAACUAAAGCUUCAUCCAAGAUGAAAAUAUUUUUGGUUGUUGGGAAUCAGGAAAGCUACAAUGUGGUCACUUUUCAUGUGGACUCCGAAAGUGGCAUGUUGAGUUUCGCACACAAACUAGAGAAUUUACCGAAUAAACCCUGCAAUAUAUGCCCAAUUUUGUCAUGACUAUUUUGAUGUGGUCAGUGGAAGAUGCCAAUAUAGAGAUGAAUAGCGAU